UUCUUCUUCCUCCUUCUCACUGCCACAACUAUAUUUACAAUUAUAAAACACUUUUUUCUUAUAUUAAGGAUGUCGGGGAGAAGAGUGAUCACAGAGCAGGAGUUGCGUGCAAUCCUCAACAAUCUGAGGCAAUUCUUGCCUGACGGCAACAGAAUACAGGAUCCAGUUAGGGUCCUUGACGCUACUACCAGUCACAUCACAAAUUUGCGCAGUGAGGUUGGAGAUUUGAGUGUCAGGAUAUCGGAGUUACUGAGGACUGGAGAUUCGAGGGAGAGGCUAUCGGAGUUACUGAGGACGUUGGAUCCAAAUGAUCCUCUAGUACCUGUAAUUAGGGCAUUAUUACGAAGAAAUUAA